GUUUGUCAGGCUGCAAAGUUGACAGCUGCGAGGGGAAUUGAUUGGACCGUUAUGAUGGUUUUCCUAUGUGGGUGUGUCCAAGCGCCUGAGUUACUGACUAACAUAUAAGUUACACAUCUUUUUCUCUGAGCAAGCAUUUUGCAUUUGGCACAGUCUUCCUUCAUUCUUUACAGGACCAGUGUGCACUUUGACCCAAAGGAAAUCCUGUGCCUGCUCAGCGGUUGGAGAGUGAGCUCUCCAAAGCCAACAUUUAGACAAAAGAUCCUCCCAGCUUAAUGCCUUUUUAGCUAGAUAAAGUAGGAUUCAAGCGCUUUAAAAAGCAGUGAAAGGACAGUUUGCAAAGAUUAAACUGCCAGUUAAAAAAUGAUGGAAGAGGUAAACGAAGCAACAUCUGCUCCGAGUGUUCCUGCUCAAAACAUCAAGGUGACGGAGGUGCUGAAAGACGGGGACGCACUUACCUUCCUUAUUGUUUCUCCAAAGCCGUCGGGGACAGGGGAGUAUCAUGUGGACCGGACCUACGAAGACUUUGAAUGGCUCCAGUACCAUCUUGUCUCUGAGGAGGAUGUUCAAGGCAUGCAGGGAGUCAUAUUCCCUCCUCUUGUUCCAAAGGCUCAGGUCAAUGCAUCCAACAAGGCUAUUAAACAGCUUGGCAUCCUUGGUUUAGGGGAAUGGCAGCCAUACUGUAAAGCCUUGGAAACCUUCCUCCAGCAGGUUGCUGCACACAGCACACUCAGCAAAAAUAAAGCUUUGGAAAUCUUCCUGACCAGCUCCGAUCCCCCAGGCAGACAGAGACUAAGGAAAAGCAUUUUCAGCCGACUGAGUCACGCUGUGGAGGAAAGAAGGAAAGAAGGCCAUAAGGAUGUGGAUGAGUUCUUUCAGACUGAGCGUGAUCAUAACAUUCUUCUAACGGGCUGUACCAAGACUGCAACUGAGGAUUUCCUGGAUUUGGUGCUGACCGAGCAAAAAAUAGCAGUGGCCUGCGGGCACUUCUCCGCCGCCCUGCAUCUCUGUAUGGAACCAGGGGAGGAUCCGGACAAACAGGCCUUCUCUCAGGCUUGUGUGAAACUAUCUGAAGUCUUUGAGUCUUUGAAGAAAAAUAUGACAAGUGUUGCUGAGAAUGACAUGAACACUGUUGGUCUUGGCUUGGAGAUGGAUUCACGCUACCAGGAGGCAGAAAAGGAAAUGCUCUUCAGAAGAACCUGUAAACUGGUGGAGAUGGAGAAUGCAAGAAAAAAUGCAGAGAAGGCCAAACCUAACAAAAAAGCUGCUAUGGAGGGGGUCAAGAGGGCAGCUGAGGAGACAUUUGAUCAGAUUUGUGAAGUGGCCACAAUCGAGAUCAAACACUUCCAUGGUGUGCGUGUGGAGAUGUUGCAGCAGGCCCUGGUUCAGUGGUGUGAGAAGCAGCUUAUUACAGCCAAAGAAAGUGCUGACCAGUUCAGCCUGCACCUGCAGGCCUUAAAAGAGAUGGCCUAGUGACCCCAGUAGCUAACUCUCAAUGAAGUGUCCUAAGUGUGUCUAAACUCUAAACAAAGCAUUGGAUAUAACUCAAACACGUCUUUAACAGUGUUUUGCUGUAGUCUGACACUUUUUGGAAUCAAUUUUAAAGUGUAAAAAUUACAACAACAAAAUUUAGCAAUAUUUCCUCCUUGUACUCAUACCAAUAAAGUCUGAUUUGAAAUGGUGGUUUUGAUUUCUAAGCAGUGGACUUGUCGUUUUGUAAGGCAAUUGCAUGUGUGUGUAUAUACAGUAUGUGCCUAUGUGUUUGUGUGUGUGUGUUCUAUAUUAUGCUCAUACAUUUGUGCUGAGAGCUGUAUAGUGCAGCUCUCUAGCUGCUACACCAGCCAGGGUCACACAAAAUAAAGUGUGAUGAAUUGAUUCCCACAGUA